AUGGCUCACCUUACCCACGCUCGAUCACCCACUCUUGGUGGACACUACCAAGACCGUAAACUCGCACAUGAGACUGCCACCAACACCCACCGCAGUGAUCAGCGCUCUGCCUCUCGCGACACAGUCGGAGGCAGCGCACCCCACACCAACGGACGCAGCGGUGAUCAAUCCGCUACUGAAGGCGCUGCGGACGAAGACGACGAAGAGGACAGUAGUACUGCCAAAGACAACGAACAAGAUGACGACGAGACCGAUGCAGACGUGCCGGCCUUACCCUACAGCUAUGCUAGGGGAGGCAAGGGCAAGGGCAAGCGUCCUGCUAUCCGCGUCGAGCAUGCGGAUGACGAUGAGUCUCACGCUGAAGAAGAUGAAAACAUCUCUGAGCUCAUGCCCAACAAACAUCCAGUUAAUCAACUACUAAUGAGCAACAAGAAGCGCACCUUUAGCAAUCUCUCAAGCACCUCAGUGCUCUUCGGCGACGACUCUACAGAUCAAGAGUCGUUCCCCAGACGCAAGAUGGCUCGCAAACUGAGCAACGCUUCCAGCAUACCGCUGCUAACAUACAAAGAAGACGAAGAACCCCAAGUAAGCUAUGAAAACGCUAUUGAGAGCGACGAUGAAGACUAUAGCGGCGUUAUGAACAUCCCUGACGAUGACGAAUCCGACAUUGAGAAGAUGGAGCAAGAAGAAGAGAGCUAUAUCCUUCAAGAAGAGCAAUCAGCUACCAACCUUCUCAAUGAGUAUCGUGAUGCUCGACGACUCAGUCUUGAGAGUUGUUUUAGCGAUAACAUCUUCGAUGUUACCGCCCCACUAGACGAUGAGUACAUGGCAGGACUUGCCGACUUUGGCUUCACUCCUUUCUUUGAGCCGGAUGCUCUGCCUGCUUCUCCUGUUCCUAUGGCCAAGAGAAAGUUCUCAGAUGGCUCAGCCAAGCGCGUCCGCUUUGACGACGACGUACAAGUAUCAGAUAGUUCCAGUUCGGAAUCUUCAGAACUCGACAGCAGUGUCUUCCCUGAUCUCUUCUUGGAUCAAGAUAAGAUCCCUCCCAGCUUGCAUCAACUUCUUGACAUGGACUACGAUGAUGACAACGGAGACAUGGCUUCUCCGCAGUCAGAUGCGUCGUUCUGGGACUUUGAGCAGAACGAGUCGCGCAUCACUCAAGUUGAUGAUUCAGAUGAAGAUGAAGAGUCGUCUGGCGAAUCCAGCGGCUACGAGUCUGACAUGGGUGAUACCACUGACGAAGAAGACUUUGGAACCGAUAUACUUCCACGCACGCCUAAGCAGUCUGUUCUACAACGACCGGUCUCAGCACCAGGCUCACGUACCGGCACACCCAAGCCAUUUCAACGUAGCUCUCGUCCAAUAGGCCGUCAAAUCCCGCCAACUCGCGGCAUCUUCAUUCACGACGAGACUGAUCAGGCCAUCGCGGUUACUAACAGGGCUACCAAGGCCGUCGCAUUCUACCGGCCUCGCACAAUGAUGAUUCCAUGGAUUCCUUUGACUGAUUAUCAAAGUAGUACAAGCGGUACUGUCAACAACAGUCCUCGCAACUCUAUUGCUCAGCUCAACGGCUCUGACAGCGAGAGCAAUGAGGUCUUCAACAAUGGUCUCAGCACCGACAUCAUGCUUAGUGGCAUCUUUGGAUCAGCUGGGGGCAAUGACUUUACGUUUGGAAACGAGAGCAUUGGUCCCCCAGAGGCUUUCUACCCAUUCACGGGUUCUUCGAGCGACGAAUACGACGAUGAUCUCAAUAUCGCCGACUUCAUGGACUUUGGCGAGUCAGGUGGAGAUACUGAUCUAGACGACGACGACGAGUUCGACGAGACCGACAGGCCAGUUACACCUGCGACUUCCAAUGUGGGGCAUCACGGCUCCACCCCAGCAGCGCCUGCUGAUGCCACGCCUCAUCGCAAAAGAACCACGUCUGAUGUCAUGCUCGAGCAUUUUGACCGUGGCGUCGUCACUGCUUUCCGCAGCAACCAAAACCGGUAUCGCGAUGUUGCGUCUCUGCCAUCGGAUCCUGCGGCGCGCGCCUCGGUUUCUCGUCCUGUCCGGUCUGGCAAGUCUGCCGAGGCUCUCAUUACUCCUGUCCGAAGGCGCGUUCGGUCAAACAGAGUCGCCAAGUCACCUCUGAAGAAGGACAUGACUAUGACCCGCAGCUCACCUCUGUCGGGUGUCACCAAAGCCAACUCGCGGUUGCAGAAGUCUGUCUUGGAUUCGCCAAAGAAGGGGCCGCCUAAGAUGGGAACCUUUUCCUGA